GAUCUCUGGUAACUACGUUCUUUAUCUGCCAAAUUUGUCAGCUCGCACGAUAGUAAACAUCGCGUCGUUUUUCAACGUUUCGUGUGUCGGUGCUGCGAUGUAUCCAGCGUAAUUUGGGCGUACCGCGAGCAUGCUAGAGGUACCUCGGGGCGCGAGCGAACAGUAACAUGGCUGCCGCCGCCCUGGUGGACGCGAACACGAAAUUCGACGAAUUGUGCCGCUUGUGCGCGGCCAAGACCGCGGUCGUGCUCUCAGUUAACAUCUUCGAGGGCGAGGGGCCGGCCCGCCAGCUCAGCAGGAAGAUCCACACGUGCCUGCAGCUGCAGGUCCAUUGUGAGGACGAGCUGCCCAAAGUGGUGUGCGGCGACUGCCUCUACAAGCUCGAGAUGUUUUCCGACUUUAAGGACCGGAGCGUCCGCACGGAGCGCCUCCUCGUCGAGCUGUGUCGCCAGUUCAAGUCGGUGACGGAGGUGGUGCCCGCUGAGCAGCAUUGCGUCGUCUCCGUCGACCAGCACGGGCUUAUCGUCGUGCCCCACCACGAGCUGCUCGCCGAGGGCCUCCCGAACGUGGCGGACAUGCAGAUGGCCGGCCUCGGCCACCACGAGAUCGUCCUGCAGCACCCGUUGGACGACCUCGCCAUGAGCAACCACGAUGCGAGGUACGACGACGAACAGAACCUCGGGCUCGUGCAGCACCAGCUGCUCAACGAGCACUUUCGCCUCCACGACGAUUUGCACGUCGCCAUGGACGGGGACGGCGACGGUUUCGCCCGCGAGUCCGACAUGGGGCGGCAACUUCGAGUCGAAGACGGUCUGGGGCCAAUGAACGGGAUCGCGUCCUACUCGAGCGACAGCCAGAUGGAGGAGGCGCUCAAACGGGACGACAGCAGCAGCAGCGGGCCGAAUUUGGUAAGCGACGGCGACGCGUACCACCUGGUGGGGAACGACCUCGACGACGGAGGCGGUUACGACGCCUACGCCAAGUUUUGCGAGUCGUCGGCCCCGGCUCCGCCGGAGACGCAAGAGGCUGUCAAAACGGGUGCGGGCGGGGAGGCGAGCGACGACGGCUCCAUCAGCGACGACGACGAGGAGGAGGAGGAGGAGACGGCGUCGAGGUCGUCGCCAGAGCAGCAGCAGCAGCAGCAGCAGCAGCAAAAUAGUCAGCUCGCGGCGAAGGUGUGCGACGAAUGCGGCAAGGUGUGCAAGACCAACUACAAGCUGCAAGAGCACAUGCGCAAACACACCGGCGAGAAGCCCUUCAAGUGCGGCUCGUGCGACAAGACGUUCCGCUCGAAGAUCGGACUGGCGCAGCACGAGGCCAAACACACGGGCAACUACGAGUACGCGUGUCCCACGUGCGGCAAGGGCUUCCAGUGCAAGAGUUACCUGAUGGUGCACCAGCGCGUGCACUCCGACGUCAAACCCUAUCCAUGCACCACUUGCGGCCAGAACUUCAAGUCGAAGCAAUCGCUGCUCGACCACACCAACCGCCACCUGGGGGUCAAACCGUACGUUUGCGACGUCUGCGGCCGCGGUUUUAUCACGAACGGUUUGCGCCGGGCCCACCAGAAGGUCCACUCGGGCGUCGACAACCGCAAGUACUCCUGCAAGGUGUGCAACAAGAUGUUCGUGUCGAAGAGCUACCUGCAGACGCACCAGAAGAUCCACACGGGCGAGCGGCCGUUCAUAUGCGAGGUGUGCGGCAAAGGUUUCCUGACCAGGGUCGACCUGAAAAUCCACUCGACGAUGCACACGGGCGAGAAAUCGUACGUGUGCGAGAUUUGCGGCAAGGCGUUCGCUCGUCGCGACUCCCUCCGCUGCCACCGACGCUCCCACACCGGCGAACGGCCCUACAGUUGCGACCUGUGCGGCCAGAGUUUCACCCAGUUCACCCCGAUGGCGAUCCACAAGCGUCUUCACACGGGUGAGAGGCCGUACACGUGCGACACGUGCGGCCGCACCUUCGUCUCGCGCUCCACCAUGAUGGCGCACGCGAAGAAACACGUCAAGAAGGAGGAGGAGAGGAUCGAGAAGACGUAACGGCGGGCGCGGGCUCGGCCCCGCCCCCCACGCCUGUGAUUCCGCCGUCGAGACUGCACCCCCCCCACUCCGAUUUUAUUUUGCAUUGUAUUUAUUGCGACGUAUUUAAAUGUUAA